UCAAAAAACCUAUAAUCAUUCUCAUUUGACCAAACUCCAUGGAAGCAACAACGUCAAAAACCCUAAUGUUUUGGUUAGCCGCCCUCACCUGCAUGGCUGCAUCGGCGGCGAUGGUGGUUCCAUCGGGAUCAAUGGAGGAAACCGAAAAUCUCGGGGGAUGCAUGUCGUCGGUGUCGAGUGUACAUGGCUGCGUUGAGGCAAUCCACGAGGUAGUUUGGCAUUUGAAGUUCGAUGGACUAAAACAUGAAUGCUGCAAAGCCAUAAAUCUUGUGGGAGAUCACUGUUUGCCAGUUCUUUUUCCCGAUAUACCAAUGGUUUCUCUCUUGAUUAACGGUGUUUGCAAUCUUUUUGGAGACGCUGAGAAAGUUGCAGCAGCACCAUCACCAUAUUACUAGUUUCAAAGCUUGCAACUGAAAUUAUCAUAUCUUUAUGGUUUUUCACUUUGUUAUGUUUAUGGGUUGUUAUAAAUUAAAGUCGUGUGCUUGUUUUUGUUUUUAUUCAAUGAAAUAAAUAAGAUUAAAGGGUGCGUGAAG